UUCCUUGCUUGUGUGAUGAAAUCACAUCACUCAUUUUUGCCCCCCUGUUUCUGUUUUCUCUCUCAGUGCCUGCAAGGACUGGAUUUUCUUCACUCCAACCAUGUGAUCCAUCGAGAUGUGAAGAGCUGCAACAUCCUUCUCAGAACGGACGGCUCUGUCAAGCUGGCUGACUUUGGCCUCUCUGCUCAGCUCACCCCUGAGCAGAGGAGACAGAUCUCCGUGGCCAGCACUUCUGGGUUGAUGGCGCCUGAAGUCGUGACAGGUCACCCGUACGGCCCCAAAAUGGACAUAUGGUCUUUUGGAAUUGUGGGCAUCGAAAUGGUGGAACGAGAAGUUCCUUCCUGGAAUGAAACUCCUGUCUCGCCUCAACUCCUGAUAAACAUAAGAGGGACACCAAAGCUGUGGCAGCCCAACCUAUUCUCGCUUUUGCUGCAUGACUUCCUGAGCUGCUGCCUGCAGACAGACGAGGCACAGCGCUGGUCUGCUGAGGAGCUCCUGCAGCAUCCACUUGUAACAUUAACUGAGCCUGUGUCCAGCCUGGUGCCGCUGAUCAUUUCAGUGAAGAGGAGGAAGGAGGAGAAAACAUCAGGACCAGCGUAGAGUCAGCUUGUAGACUAGGAUUGUAGAGUAGGGUUAUAGAGUAGGAUUGUGGACUAGAAUUGUAGAGUAGGGUUAUAGAG